CUUCAUUGCCAAUCUCCGCCACCGUUUGCUUGUUCGCGUGACCUCUAGCCUCGAUAUCAAGAGUUGGGCAAACGUCAAAAGCGUGGAGCCAGCGGCGACGCGACGCGGUGUUGCUGCUGGUAGUAGUGGUAGUUGGUGGUGUUUUUGUUGGUGGUGGUGGUGGUUGUGUUGGUGGUUGUUGGCUGUUGUUUGGAAGUUCGUUCGCCGUGCUGGUUGGAUUGACCAGCAGAGUUACGCAGCGUUGUACUUGAUUCGGAGCUCAAAAGAAAUUGGAGGAGAUAGCGGCAUUUAAAAAUACACCCUUAACUCAAGUUUAUUUUUAAAAGUGCGGAUAAUACGGCUUAAUUAUAUAGCUUUUCUCUCUUUAAAAAAACCACGAAGGCUGCGAGUAUAUUCGAGCCCCACGUUUUUUUUUGUCUCGAUUGAAAGGGAUGCGGUUGUACCGGAAAAACGAGUUUUAAAUACACGCCUUGUGCAGCUCGCGGAGAGAAACGUUGCGGGCUUCGUCAAAAAGUCCAGGAAAGUGAUGCUUAAGGAGAAGUCGCCUUUUACGAUUGGCGUUUUAUCGUGUAAAAGAUGCAAUGGUUUUAACAGCGCGGUGACUGAACGCGACACAGACGACAACGACCUUCUUUCUGUUGGAGCAUCGGUGCCCGUAGCCGGAUUCUCAGCGGGUCGGACUGAGCUGGUUGAAAAUGACGAGCGUGGGGACCCUGGUGGCUGGCAGCACCGUCUUGUGGUUGGUCAUCUAUUUGGUGCUGUGUCGGAUAUUUUCAACGCGAAGUACCGAGUGGAACUGUCGACUGAUCACCCUCCUACAUGGAAGCAUAAUAGCCAUGCUCUCGGGAUAUGUGAGCUUCAUAGCGGGGCCUUCACCAUUCACACAUCCAGGUGGACCUAAUACAGAGCUACAAGUCUCUACGUUGUCUCUGUGCCUCGGGUAUUUUCUCUUUGACAUCGUCUGGUGCUUAUUAUAUAGCAUUCAGAGUCGUGUCAUCAUUGCUCACCACAUAAUAAGCAUUUGCGGACUGACAAUAUCCCUCGCUCUGGGAGUGUGCGCAACUGAGACAAAUAUAGUUGUGUUCGUGACCGAGAUCACCAACCCUAUCCUGCAGUUGCGCUGGUUUCUACGGCAAGAAGGAAGGUACGACGGAGCGACCAUUGGCGUCCUCCUGGACAUGGUGUUUGUGCUGUUGUUCAUCUGCAUGCGCAUCGGACUGGGCACCAUGCUGAUUUUCAGCAUUAUUCCUUCUCGACGCUCUUUGCUGCUCGUUAAGAUCGGCGGAGUGGGCAUCUACGUAAUCUCUUGGCUUUUCCUGAUUGAUAUUUUGAAGUUUGUCUUCAGAAAAUACAUCAAAAAGCAAACCUUGACGGAAUGAUAGUGAUGUCUCUAGAAACCAGCGUGGCCUUUUUGUAUUUUGGUGAAGGUUAUUAAAUGCAUCUUGGAUAUUUUUUUACUGUAUAUUAUUUGAAAGGUAAAAGUGUUUGCAUUUUCUUAUUUUUUUUUUAAUCAUUGUCUGAAAUUCACAAAUAUGGAUGAAAUGUUGCUGCCUGCGUGUAACGUUUGCAAUAUGUAUUGCUACUACCGCCGUUUGCACCAUAAACUUGUGUGACCAGCGUUUCCGAAUGUUGUGUUAAGAGCAUAUAUACAGGGGGCCCAAAAGGUAGUCUACCAAGCUAUACACAUUACAUAUUACUCUUUACAUUUUUACUACUGUUUGGUGUCAAUAGUUGCAGUAAAACCUCUCGAAACCAGACUUAAUUGGGGGACAUUCUUUCCGAUUUUGGGGAAAUUUUCCGGCACGUAAAAUAAGAGGGAAAAAAAUUGUGCGCGUGCAUUUUAACUUCACUCGCAUUUAACCACAACUCACAAUUGAAUGAACGGCUAGUAACCAUUCACUACAUAUUUAUGAUUGAGUAACACGAAUACACUACCUUACUAUUGAAUUCGAGUCGCUUACCAUCACCACAAAGCAGACGUGGAUGGACAAGGUGCAGUGGUGGAUGUGGAAGGUGGCAGAGUUAAUUGUGACAGACGUUUGAUUUGAAGCAUUUAUUUCGUUCAUUUUUAAGAUAAAUGUUAAAUGAAUGUGUGGAGCGGGGGGGGGGGAGAGAGAAGAACACAAGUUCGCCUAAUUCCGUACAACGGAUGAGUCCAUCACGUGCCACACGCGCAUGCCGUCUCCUGUCGCACGCGGCUUGAUGAGUGCUCCAGUUUGUUAUUUAUAUAUUUAUCAUUAUUUAUUUAAUUCAGAUAGCCUCGACUUAACGAUGGUGUCGUUUCUGCAACAAUGCGGGCACAAUUUUGACGCAUUCCCCAGACAGUCACAUUUGGCACUUUGAGCUCCUGAUAAGUUUGGUGAGGAUUUGGAUCACACCAAUAACAUACCAAAAAUUAAUUUACAAAGUGUCCAUAAAAUGCCGUCACAAGUUACACUUUAUCUUGGUAAACUAGUUCUUGGGCUACUCUGUAUUUUAAACCGUUUCGAUGGCAUUGGAAAGCGUGUUGAUGGAGAGGCUAGAGUUGGGCUUGACUGUAAUCAAAUUCAAAGUACUUCAUUACAAUGAGUAGUGCUCCGGCCUGCACGACUCCAGCUCUCGCCUGGCUCCAGCUCUCGCCUGGCUCCAGCUCUCGCCUGCAUCAAGCUCUCGCCUGGCUCCAGCUCUCGCCUGGCUCCAGCUCUCGCCUGGCUCCAGCUUUGGCCUGCAUCAAGCUCUGGCCUGACUGCAGCUCUGGCCUAGCUCCAGCCUAGCUCCAGCUCUGGUAGCUUGGUUCCAGCUCUGGCCUGGAUCCAGCUUUGGCCUGACAGCAGCUCCGGGUUGGCUCCAGCUACGGCCUGGAUCCAGCUCCGUGUUGGCUUCAGCUUGGAUCCAGCUUUGGCCUGACUGCAGCUUUGCAUGACUCCAGCUCUGGUAGCUUGGUUCAAGCUCUGGCCUGGAUCCAGCUCUCGCCUGGCUCCAGCUCCGGGUUGGCUCCAGCUCCGGGUUGGCUCCAGCUCUGGCUUGGAUCCAGCUCCGGGCUGCCUCCAGAGCUAAAGGAGACCCCCAGCUGUAGCUGCCCCCGCUCCAGCAGCCCCUCUCCUCCAGCGCCAGAACAGCUCUGCGCUACUGCUGCAGUUCCAGACACUUUUACCGGACCCCAGAUACGAAGCCACAAAAAAAACAAGAAACAGUCGUAUGUGUUUUUCUUUCUUGACAGGAAACGGCAUCAUCAUGUUUUUUUUAAUUACAAAAUAUAGUCCAAUCAGGUGAAUGCGUGUUUUAAAUCAAAAAGGAGAAGAAUAUAACAUCUGGUUUUAAAAUUACAACCAAGAUUGUAUGGGUGCAAUGAUUGAUAUAUUGAUUACUAUUAAUUACUGGUGCUGCAAAUACAUGCAUUGAAUCGCAUAUUUAAUAAAUGAUUAUUUUCAUGUACAGUAUACACAUAAAAUGCUCCUGUCACUAUUCAGCGAACACGCAAAACAGUCGUACAAACAAGACGAGCAAAAUGUGUGCCAUAUCACUGUUCUCUGCGUAUGCUGAAAUCGCACGAUAUUUUUGCCGUGGCAUGAAAGCGGUGUUCUGAAACUUUCCAGCCUUCUCUGUGACGUCGGUGUUCUCCGUUCUGACGUCGCAGUGUUGAGCGUGCCGCGAGUUCUGUGCACUGUGAUUAUAUCGCAGCAUGCUCUGAUCUCGCAGCAAUCGCAGCCUCUGCUCGUCGACGUCACAGCUCGCUGUGCUCAUUGUACGUCACAACGCGCGCUGUGACGUUGCAGGCUUCUCUGCUGCGACACCAAAGCAUGCGCUCUUGUACUCUUUGGUUGUUUCGGUAAAGUCACGUAGGUAAAAAAUAAAAUAGAUGAAAACAACUCAAUUAAAUCACCACGUUUCGGGCGCAACACAAGCUUAAGCGGUUGUGCUUUCGCUACGUUGUCCCCAGCUGAAGAAUGACGCCUGUGUUGCGCCCGAAACGUCGUGAUUUAAUUUAGUUUUCAUUUAUUUUAUUUUUUACCUACGUGACCGAAAAAACAUGCGCUCUUAUCUUUGACAUCGGCACGCUCUGUUAAUUGUUGCAUCUGUGAUACCCCAACCAGCCCAGCGUGGUGAAGUAUGGUCAAAACACCUCUCGUGACCGACGUGGCAUGGGGGAGGCCUUCAUCCGACAGUGGAUUGACAGAGAGGCUCUGCCACAGCCAGUUACUCAUCGGUGCUCGUUUUUUUCUUUAACGAUGUAGUCCCUGAAGUAUGUUCACGAUGUCACGUCACCUUAGCGGCUCUGACCCGCGCGUUACUCCACCGUUCCUUUCUUGUCUGGAGUGUGUCCAUUCACCUCCGUGGCCAUCCAACAAAUUGUGGCAAUUCAAGUUGAUAGUGCUAUGAAUUAAUAUAUUUUUUUAAAAUCGUGUUGAAUGUAAUUUUCAUAUAAAGUUGUCACCAUCUUGCACGGUCCUGCGAAUUGACAUUGGUGAAUGUAGCGGCCUUUAUUUACAUAGGGCAUACACAAAUAGAACAAAAAAACCUUUAUUGAUGACUGACCGGGAUCAAAAUGAUGACACGUCAGAUGGGAGUGGGUGCGAGUACUUUUUGAAAACUGAACUUGAUCAAUUAAAAUCAACGUAACAAUUUGCCCAAAAAAUACUGUUUUAAUCAGUUUGCAAUAACUGCUAUGCCAUGUAUUAGAAAUGAACGUUAACAAAGAAAAUGGAACAACACUAAAAAGUGUGAUAGAAGUAUACAGAAAAGCGUUCUGGGAAUUACGCAGAGACAGAAGAACACGUGGAGUCGAAAAAAAUACACGGUGACAUUGAUUUAAUUAACGUAAGUGGGCUUGGGCAAAAAAAUACGUCGUUAGCAGGAACGGUGGUUCCUGGUGGAGAAUCAACACCGAGCUGCAGUCACAGGAGGAAACGUACGCGAGAGGAGAUGUCGCGAUGAAAUCAGUUUGCGUGUAGGUGCAUUGUUACUAAUGUAUGUUGAACUUCUUUUGCACCGUACGUAAGCCGAUCAUCCCAAUCGGAGGUGCAGGGGACGGACAACAAAGAAAAUACAAAGUAGUUUGAGGCAUUCGUCCAGCAGUGGAUUGAUCAUGCUGAUGAAGACGAUCAAAAUAGCUUAACAAUAAAAACAUAAGUUCCAGCCCUCUUGUGUCUUUGUUGGGUAGCACGUGGUAAUCGAUGAGCCCUGUUCAGUUUAAAUUUUCCCACGUGCCAAUCCUGUCCAAGCAUUGCGAAAAUUGCAUUUGGUUUGAUUAUCGAUUCUGAACGGAGCGACAUUUGCUAAGUAAUGGGUUCUGAACGGAGCGACAUUGGCUAAGUAAUGGGUGCAAUGACAAAUGUAAGUUGGCAAUGAAGUCCGAACCCGAUUAUCAAUAUAUCGAUAAUAGUUAAACAAUACUCAUGGUGAGCUCGAAGAAUCAUUAUUGAUGAAUGAGUGCAACGUAAUAAUAGUGGUUUCAGGAAACCCCUGGAUUGUCCUUUUCUUUCGGCGACAUAAACACAUUUCUUUUGCGUGUUUGUUGAAUGGGAAUUUUUCUUGCCACUCCAAUUUGGAAUUGUUUCAUACACAAGGGUGUUAAAAAAUACAUGUAUUUUAAAAAGCAAAACGAUACAGUGAAUAGUUUACAUUCAUAAUGUGUGUAGUGCGAAAGUUUUACAGUUUGAAGUCGAUUUUAAACGUGAACAAUCGGCUACAUUCGCAGCCUCACAUUUGUGUGCACAGAACAUUCCAGUCGUUUUCGCAUGCAAAUGCAAAAUAUAACAUUGGAGAAUAAAGGGAGCCAUCCCAGGCUUUUAAUUUGCCACAUUGGUGGGAUACCUGUGCUCUGGUAACACUUGGGCCUCACAGCAAGAAAGUCCUCUGCUCGAUUCCCAGCUCGGGCAAAUAAAGUAUUUUUUAUUUUUUAUUAAACACGUGGCGCUUUUCUGGCACAAAUCUGCCAGUCAAAGCGCCAUCACAUUUAGUACUGUACUCGUCAGCAUGAGGAUAGAACAUUCCAAUACAAUGCGAAAAAUGUACUAUCCACAGUUUAAAAUAUUUCAAAAACGCAUGUUGUAGCUGCUGUGUGGAGUUUGUUCUGGAUGGGUUUCCUUUGAUAAAAACAAACCUCUACAACGGGUACAGUAUUGGCCAAACAUUCCAUUGCUCAAAAAUGAUUUGUCACUCAAUUGACAUUGCAUUGAACAACAUCACCUCAUGAGUAUCGGUGAGGCUUUUCUGAGGAAACAAGUGAAAUAAUAAAUAAUACGUGCUAUUAUUUAGUACUCUGAAUUCUGUGAAAAUAAAAGUGAAAAUUAUACGAGCAGCCUUUUACGGAGUAAAUAUUUAAUUCACAUUGCAUUUUUCUGAGAAACAAUUUAUUAUUCAGUAUGUUCAAUGUCAAAGCAAUGGUAUAUCAUUGUGCGGUACAUUUAUGUCCUCAAACUUGUGAUUUUAAAUAAAAACAAAUUGCGGUGU